AUGGCUAUGGAAGCUGAAUAUGAAAGUAUCAUGAAAAAUGAUACUUGGGAGAUUGUGGAUAGUCCCCCUCAUAGGAAGGUGGAAGGUUUUGAUGUUACUGAAACCUUUGCACCAACAGCCUGCAUGGAAACAAUCCGUCUGGUUUUGGCUACUACUGCGCACAGAACCUGGGUGCUAUUUCAAAUGGACGUGAAGUCUGCAUUCCUUAAUGGUCAUCUUAAAGAGGAGGUUUAUGUGAUGCAACCAUUAGGAUUUGAAUUUCCAAAUUCAGACAACAAAGAGAAUGAGAUGUAUGUAAUAAUUGUACUAUAUGUAGAUGAUCUUAUGCUUAUAGGUGACCACAAGGAGAAGAUCAACAACAUCCGUGAAGGCCUAUGCUUAGAAUUCAAGAUGACAUACUUGGGGCUACUCCACUCCUUCUUAGGCAUUAAAGUGUGGCAGCAUCCAGGAGAAAUCUUUAUUUCUCAGCAACGAUAUGCUGAAGAGUUAUUGAAGGCAUUUGGGAUGGCAGAACGCACUCCAGUGGUUACUCCAAUGGAAGUAAACAUUAAGCUCUCCAUUGAAGAUCCCUCUCCACUUAUUGAUACUAAAAUGUAUAGAAGUCUAAUUGGGAGUUUGGUGUACCUAUGCAACACAAGGCCCAAUAUCAGUUUUGCAAUUGGUAUUCUGAGUAGAUUUACAAAUAAGCUACGAGAAAUUCACUGGAAGGCUGGAAUGAGGGUCCUCAAGUAUAUAAAAGGGACUCCUCAUUUUGGCAUCUCUUAUACAUCAGGGAACUCCCUAAUUGGAUACUGUGACUCUGAUUGGGCAGGAGAUAUUGAUUCUAAAAAGUCAGUUUCUGGAUAUUGUUUUCUCUUUGGGAAUAGAAUUAUCUCGUGGACAAGAAAAAAACAGUCAACAAUGUCACUAUCAUUCACAGAAGUCGAGUACAAGUCAGCUCGUCACACCUCAUGUGAAGCUGUCUGGAUAAGAAGACUUCUUACUGAUAUUGGGAUAACGAUAAAUGCCACAACUCUGAUUCACUGUGACAAUUAA